UAACCCCCACCUGGUACUCGGCCUCCAGGCUGGCGUUAACCGGCGCCGGCUGGUAGAAACACUGCCUCCGGCCGGCGGGUAAUAAAAAGGGCCGGCUUCAGACGGUAAACAAGAGAGGCAGCCAUCUCGGGGCACAGGGCCCACUGUCGAAGGGGGCAGCGGAAAGGGGGGUGGCUUUGCCACUCUGCGAAGAUUUUCUAUUCGGAACUUUGGAAGCAUGGCAAUUUUGAGGUCCUCUAAUUCAAGAAUCACGAGUGAAUCCUGCGAAAAGAUGCCCUGGAGAAUCCUCGUCCUCGUAGCUGCUCUAGGCUUUUUGGCAAUCCCGGCUCCAUCCAUUUCCUUGACCUCGCGUGCUGGUGACGACGGAGGGGACUCCAUCAGCAUUCAGUGUGUGGCCCCCGAGGGCCUCAAGGGAGCCACAUUCAUCCUGUUUAAGGGAGAGGAGGCAGUGCAGACGGUCCAGGCGCCGGAGACCCAGCCCGGAAUCAACAUCACACUGACCAACUCAAGCCGGGAGGCCCUCGGCCAAUACCGGUGUCAGUAUGUGGUGAUAGGUGAGGUCGGAAAGCAAUUCUCAAACUUGAGUGAGCCAGGGAACAUCACCUUUACAGUGCCCCUCUGGGUCUUGCCAGUCUCCCUAAGCCUGGCUGGAGCGCUAAUCCUCAUUGUGAUUCUGGUGGUGGUCAUCGUGGUGAUUAGACGAGUUAGAAUCGCCAAACUGCAGAAGAAAAGGCAGAGAGAAUCGUGCUGGACUGAAGCAAACUAUUCCACUACAGAUAUGUCAUUCAAUAACACCCUGUUCUCCAUUUCGAUGAAAAUGGCCCCAGAAGACAUGGACACUACUCUUGAGUCUUUCACCAGCUCAUCCACGGGCCCCGAAUCACUUGUGCCCAAGAAGAGGCCCAUGUCUACCUCCAGUCCAGAGACCCCGGAAUUCACCACUUUCAGGUCUUCUGAAUGACUCUGGCUCUUCUGAGUCUUUCCCCGGCUUAACGGAGAAGGACCAGAAAGGAGACUCCCACGGGGAAGGCAAGCUCUGCACCAGCUUCCUGGCACACAACUCUAAACUUCCUCCUCUCAGGGAAUUUUUUCUUGCUCUAAUCCAAGCUUGGAUCAUCAGAAUCCAAACACAUCCUUCUGGAAAUCCCAGCUUCCACAGUUCUCUCCAGACGGGGCCUUGUCUGUCGAGCAGGAUGGAGGGACCCACGACUUGCUGAAGCUGAGGGACAAGGUGGCUCUGGAGUUAACGUAGAUCCUGCGCAGAGGUACUUUAAAGCUCUCCAAACCCCAGUCACAAGGGGAAGAAGAUACCUGUCUGCUGGGCAUUACGGCUUCCACAGUCAUCGAUGGAGUGAAGUGAUAUUCGGAUAGGUUGCAAAAUCAGAAUUAGAUUCGGGACAAAAUCUUCUGCCUGGAUUUCCAGACUCUCAGGGGACACCGAAUUGCAGGGUGGAAGCAGCCAGCAAACUCAGUGCUUCCAAUGACUUGAUUCCCAUGAAGGGAAUUUGGUAGAAUUUCUCUACCGCCGGUGCUUUCCAACCCCUGGUCCUUCGGUGUUACUCACCUCCGGGAUUCUCCCUGGCAACCACCACGUGUUGGACUGGGCCUCUGGGAUGUCCACCCCCACCCCCAAACCCCCUUUUCCAGUUUAUAGAGUUACGUGUGUUCCGUUUAUUUCUUGUGUGACCACCAGACACUGGUGGGCAGAGCUGCCUAAGUUAUUCGGUUAAUUAUAAACAGUGUUGAAGCAUUUUCAA